CAGUUUUCUGGGGAUUCUUGAAUCAGUUUGAGGAUAUUUUAAAAUAUACCUAGCAACACAGCUAGAAUCUUUUAUCUAUAAUCUAUGAAUUAAUCAUAAAAUUUAACAAAAUUCAAUAUUGUUUUAUGCGAAUUAUUACUAACGAUCAAAAAUGAGUUGCCCUUUCAAUGAAGAACAAUUAACGCAAUUAAAAGUUUUCGUCGAACUAUGCAAGAACCAGCCGCAGAUUUUGCAUCACCCGAAAUUGGCUUUCUUUAAAGAUUAUUUGGUGUCACUGGGAGUAACAAUCCCUACAGCUACGUUUGGUGCUAAAAACUUUACGCCUUCCGGAGAUACCAACACAAGUAACAAUAAUGCUGAAGAAAAGGCUGAGCCAUCGUCAGAAGAGGAGUCAGAACCUGAGUCUGAUGUGGAACUUGACAUGGAAGGUGUUGUAGAAGGUGAUGCUAUGGAUAACAAUCAAGUAAUGGGUGAUCCCGACAAAGAACCCACAGAUGAAGAGAGAGAUCAAUCUGAUGAGAAAAGAUCUGAAGCCAUGCGUGCUUUCUCCGAGCAGCAGUUUGAUGAAGCUCUCAAACUUUACAAUGAAGCUAUCCAACUGAAUCCGCAGAGUGCUUUACUCUUUGCUAAGAGAGGACAGAUUUAUCUGAGACUGAAUAAGCCUAAUGCUUGUAUUAAAGACUGCACACGUGCUUUAGAACUGAACUGCGACAGCGCCGCUGCUUACAAAUUCCGCGGCCGUGCUUACAGGCUGUUAGGUCGAUUUGAGGAUGCCUCUCAUGAUCUGUGUGAAUCUCUAAAGAUUGAUUAUGAUGAUCAAACCAACGAUUGGCUAAACGAGGUAAAGCCUAACGCUGAAAAGUUGCGCCAACAUAAGCUGAGUGUUCAACGAAAGAAGGAAGAAAAAGAGCAUCGCGAGAAGCUGCGCCGCGCUCGUAAAGCGCAGGAGGCGCGCGCCCGUGCUGCCCGCGCCCAGGCCGAGGCGGCGGCCGGCAUGCCAGGCUUCAUGCCGGGAGGGAUGCCCGGAGGAGGUAUGCCCGGUGCUGGCGGAUUCCCCGGUGGCAUGGGUGGUAUGGGUGGCAUGAACCCGCAGGACUUCGGCAAUCUGCUCUUUGACCCAGAGAUCAUGGCUGCUUUCCAGGACCCUGAAGUUGCUGCAGCAUUCCAGGAUGUGUCGUCGAAUCCGGCCAACUUCGUAAAAUAUCAAAAUAACCCGAAGAUUGCAGCUGUAAUAGAAAAACUACAGACUAAGUUAGGAAAGGGUGGUGUUGGAGCAUUUCCUGGUGGCUUCCCAGGAUUUGGAGGAGCGCCAGGCGCACCCAACAGCGGCCCGAAACCACCAACGGACGACGACGUUGGACUCGACUAAACGCUAUGCAUUGUCAUAUAAAGCGAUGAUUAAUUUUAUGCCGUCAUUAAACAUGUUUAAUCACGUAUCACAACUCUGUAGUGGAUACUUUUUUUAUGUUUUAAUAUUUCAUUGAUUUUUACAAGAUUUUUAUAUUUAUAAUCAAAUACCACCUGCUCGUAAGCAUUUAAUAGAAAGUAAAAAAUGCUUUGUUUUCGUACUUUAUUGUGAAGAGAUGUAUGCGCGAGCAGGGGUGCUAACUGAUAACGUACUAUGUUAUGUAUUAAGAUGCAUGUAUAAGGUUUGGGUCUAAAAGUAAAUGUUCAUUAUUCUUAAGUGUUUUGAUAACAUAACUUGUAAUCCGAUUCAUAUAAAAUUGAUGGAUAGCCAAAGAUAAAAUAGUCUUUCACCAUUCGCCGAAGAUUGCAUCAUAUACGCCUCUCCUUUAUGGCUUCAAUAAAAAGCAAUGCUAUCACUAGACACUACAUUAUGUUUAAUAUUAUAUGUGUACUUUAUAAUAAAUAAAAUUGCAUUAAUACAGA